UUCAAAUUAAAAAAAAUAGGCUGUGUGGUGUGAUACCAUUGCCUUUCCAAUUGGAAAAAUAGAACUACUACUAUCAAAACGUACACAUGGUGGGAUGUAUUUUUGUUGAAAAUAAAUCAAAAUGAAAUUAAACGAGAAAGACAAAAAAAGAAAACAAAAACUCAAAGAUAAAAUAGUUAAAACUAAAAAGGAACAAGUUGCGGUCGUUGCCCAGGAGAUAAAGUUCGCGCGUUUGUUAUCCGGAAACGAAAACAAAGUACGCGAACGUGUGAUUAAAACACUGAAAAAGUGGCUCCAGAAUUGUUUUCACAGGGGAUACGAAUUCAAAGAAGAUGAUUUCACGAGAGUGUGGAAGGGUAUAUUUUACGCGAUGUGGAUGUCGGAUAAGCCACUUGUACAAGAAGACCUAGCGGAGAAUAUAGCAGGCAUCCUGGAUCAUUUUCCACCAGAACAUCUUCAUCAUGCAAUGCUUAUGACAAAGGCUGGCUUCAAGGUGUUGGCCACGGAGUGGUUUGGAAUCGAUCAACAUAGAAUUGAUAAAUUUCUUAUGCUUGCCCGUAGAUAUUUACGUGGGAGUAUCCGGUGUCUGCAACGUUGUGAGUGGAGUGUGGACAGCUGUAAGAAGUAUGCUGAGAUGCUUACUGAUGCUGACGGUUUGUUGUCAAUGAAGACUCCGCAUUAUGCCAGGAAUGCGAUUUCUUUGAUAUUACAUUUCAUUGAUUGUUUCCUAGAAGAAUUGGCCAAGGUAUCGAAAGGGAAGGUACCAGAAGACAGUAUGGUGGAACUGCUUCGUCCGUUCUGUGAGUACACGGCGCAAGGUGAAGUCCCCGCGCUGACCGAGGCUUCUCAGAGACUCCUGAUGGCGCUGCUGCGGCAGAGCAAGGAAGGCAUCAUGUACGCUGAAGCAACUAGAGCAUGGAAACAGAUGGGUUGCCCUAAAGGAGGUCCUGACGCCUUGGAAUUGGUGGUUGAAGAUGAGUCUAUGAACAAUGAAGACAGCGAUGAUGAUGAAGAUACGGGCGCGCUGGACCCGCGCGCGGGCGGCGUGUCGGUGUGGCUGCGCACGCUGGCGGUGCCGGGCGCGGCGCUGGCGGGGCUGCUGCGCGCGCUGCUGGCCCGCACGCGCGUGGCGGCGCAGGGCCGCGUGCGCGUGUGCAUGCGCAAGUUUGAAAAGUACGCGCGGGGCCAGUACCCGCUUAAGAUGUCCGCCCGCGACACGGACGUCCCCAAGCUGUCUCCGCGCCUCCCCACCGCGCGCGCCGUCGCCAAGCUGCAGAAGGUCGAGAGGAUGAGCGUCGCGGCCUCCGAUGAUCUGGCCCUCCGAGGUUUGAGUCGUAAACAUCGGAAACGUCUCCUGGCGAAGUCGCGCGCCGGCAUUAGUAUCGUAGACGACGUGCAGAACCUCAAAGGAGACAAUAACACUGACAAACACAAUAAUAAAAAGAGGAAAGCAGAUUCAACACAAAAAGCUGCCAAAAAGAUGAAAUUGAACGCAACCAAACCCGGACCGAGCCCGAGCGACGAGCAGCGGGCAGCCGAGCGCGGCGGAGGGGAGGCGGCCGCGCCCUCCCGCCCCUCCCCCCCCGAUAGAAAACAAAAUAAUGACAUUGAGAAAACAAAGAAACUUAAACUCAAACAAAAAGCUAAAACUAAAAUAUUGACUUCAGUUCAGAACAAUAUAAACGCGACACCACACAAACAAACGGACAAACAAAAGCCCCUUAAACUCAUUAAACUCGACAAGGUUAAAAAUAACAAUAAUAAGAAUAAAAUAAAACAAUUAUUGACUGUUGACAAUAAAACUGUCAAGACACAGACCCCGGUCAGCAAAAAUCACAAUGUAGAAGCGAAGCCCACAGUGCUAGUGAAUAAAGUAAAGAAAUUUAAUAAAACGAAUGAUUCGAUUCACAGCCCCAAGAAGGUUAAGUUCGUUUUGAAAAAUAAUUGUAUGCAGAAGCCCGUGGACUACUAUAAGAGUGUCCGACAGAGCCCCAGCAUACCGUUCGACAGCUCCAAGACACCGGCCAGGACUAAUCUCAAACCUUCCACACCGUCACCCAUCAACCCAUUCUUCAAGAAGAAACUCAGACUCAAAUAACAGUUUCAGACUGAUUAAGCAACGAUACAAAAAUGAAUUGUUAUUUUCUUUUAAGUGCUUCUUGGAUUGUUGACAUCACUUUUAUGGAUUUAACUCUAAAAGUGUAUUAAAAAAAUCAUAAAUAAUUCAAAUCAAUUUAAAAUGAGUAGUCCAAUGUUUCUGUGCACGAGAAUAGUCAUACAAGGCAUACAAACACUGCUCCUUUGCGACACAGACACCACUAGCUGUACAGUUCAGUUCUGACCGGGAAGCACCCGUUGAACCCCAAAACUGUAUUCUAACUAAUGUUGUCCCGGGCCUAUUUGUCUAGUAAAUAUUCUUGUAAGAUUAUUGUGCCGUGGAAGAGUUCGUCGAGUAACGAAAUGUUGAUUAGCCAGAAAUAAACAUUGUUCUAUAAAAGA